UGUGGCAGCAGUCUGGUUCUACUGUGGUUCUUUUGCGUCUCUGUCCGUUGUUCAGAUGUUCUUUAUUUCUUUGGACCAUUUGAAAAACCUGUGAAGSUAGAAAGUGUGUGUGAGCCGAUGUGAAUUCAGCAGCAUGGAUCAUUGUGAGUACAAAGAGGAGGGAGUCCCUCCCUCUAAAACCACUCUGUGUGGGGAAGAUGAGAGCCAGAGCAAAGGUCAGAGGAUCCAUCAGAGACUCAAACCAGAACUAGGACCAGAACCAGAACCCAGCUGUGUGUCCUUUAAGAGUGACUGGUCAAAGAAUGGGCUCAUUGACUUUAAAUCUCCUGGAUCUCCACCAUCAGAAAGAGUGGACCAGCAGAGCUCAGAGGUUCCCAGUGGUCCGCCUGCCCUGCAAACAGAGAUUGACUCCAUAUUUAUGCUGCUGGAGGAAAACAUUGUCACUUUUGUGAAGAACGAGCUGAAGAAGAUCCAGAAGGUUCUGAGUCCAGAUUACCCAGAAUGUUCAAAUAAUCCGAAAGAUGAUGAUGAGGUGUUGAAAGGUGAGAAUGAAGAGCAGAAGAGGAGUAACAGAGAGGCACUGAUGAAGAUUACACUGAACGUCCUGAGGUGGAUGAAGCAGGAGGAUCUGGCUGACCAACUGCAAAAAAUUUUCACUGGAGUUUGUCAACGUCAGCUUAAAUCUGGUCUGAAGAAGAAGUUCCAGUCUGUGUUUGAGGGGAUUGCUAAAGCAGAAAGUCCAACCCUUCUGGACCAGAUCUACACAGAGCUCUACAUCACAGAGGGAGAGACUGGAGGGGUCAAUGAUGAACAUGAGGUCAGACAGAUUGAAACAGCAUCCAGGAAACCACACAGACCAGAAACAACAAUCAGACAAGAAGACAUCUUUAAMGUCCCACCUGGAMGWGAUCAACCAAUCAGAACAGUGAUGACAAAGGGAGUGGCUGGCAUUGGGAAAACAGUCUUAACACAGAAGUUCACUCUGGACUGGGCUGAAGACAAAGCYCACCAGAACAUCCACUUCAUAUUUCCAUUCACYUUCAGAGAGCUGAAUGUGCUGAAAGAGAAAAAGUUCAGCUUGGUGGAACUUGUUCAUCACUUCUUUACUGAAACCAAAGAAAUCUGCAGCUUUGAACCCUUUCAGGUUCUGUUCAUCUUUGAUGGCCUGGAUGAGAGUCGACUUCCACUGGACUUUGAUAAUAAUCUGAUCCUGACUGAUGCUACAGAGUCCASCUCAGUGGAUGUUCUGCUGACAAACCUCAUCAGGGGGAAACURCUUCCCUCUGCUCUCCUCUGGAUAACCACACGACCUGCAGCAGCCAAUCAGAUCCCUCCUGAGUGUGUUGGCAUGGUAACAGAGGUCAGAGGGUUCACUGACCGACAGAAAGAGGAGUACUUCAGGAAGAGAUUCGGAGAUGAGGAGCAGGCCAGCAGGAUCAUCUACACUAUGAAGAAAUCACGAAGCCUUCACAUUAUGUGCCACAUCCCAGUCUUCUGUUGGAUCACUGCUACAGUUCUGGAGGAUGUGUUGGAGACCAGAGAGGGAGGAGAGCUGCCCAGAACCCUGACUGACAUGUACAUCCACUUCCUGGUGGUUCAGACCAAAGUGAAGAAGGUCAAGUAUGAUGGAGCAUCUGAAACAGAUUCACACUGGAGUCCAGAGAGCAGGGAGAUGAUCGAGUCUCUGGGAAAACUGGCUUUUGAUCAGCUGCAGAAAGGAAACCUGAUCUUCUAUGAAUCAGACYUGACAGAGUGUGGCAUCGAUAUCAGAGCAGCCUCAGUGUACUCAGGAGUGUUCACACAGAUMUUUAGAGAGGAGAGAGGGCUGUACCAGGACAAGGUGUUCUGCUUUGUCCAUCUGAGUGUUCAGGAGUUUCUGGCUGCUCUUCAUGUUCAUCUGACCUUCAUCAACUCUGGGGUCAACCUGAUAGAAGAAACACAAACAUCUAAGAAGUCUGCAUUAUUUAAUAAAGCCAAACUAAAGUCUCUCCAUCAGAGAGCUGUUGACCAGGCCUUACAGAGUCCUAAUGGACACCUGGACUUGUUCCUCCGUUUCUUCCUGGGACUUUCACUCCAGACCAAUCAGAGACUCCUGCAAGGUCUGAUGAUACAUACAGGAAGUAGUUCACAUACCAUUCAGGAAACAGCUCAGUACAUCAAGGAGAAAAUCAAUGAGAAUGUGUCUGCAGAAAAAAGCAUCAAUCUGUUCCACUGUCUGAAUGAACUGAAUGAUCGUUCUCUAGUGAAGGAGAUCCAACAGUCUCUAAGGUCCGGAAGUCUCUCCACAGAUGAACUGUCUCCAGCUCAGUGGUCAGCUCUGGGUUUCAUCUUAGUGUCAUCAGGAGACGAUCUGGAUGUGUUUGACCUGAAGAAAUACUCUGCUUCAGAGGAGGCUCUUCUGAGGCUGAUUCCAGUGGUUAAAGCCUCCAACAUAUCUAUACUGAGUGGCUGUAAUCUCUCAGAGAGAAGCUGUGAAGCUCUGUCCUCAGUUCUCAGCUCCCAGUCYUCCAGUCUCAGAGAACURGACCUGAGUAACAACAACCUGCAGGAUUCAGGAGUGAAGCUUCUAUCUGCUGGACUGAAGAGUCCAAACUGCCACCUGGAAACUCUCAGCAUAUCAGGCUGUUUGGUCUCAGAGGAAGGCUGUGCUUCUCUGGCCUCAGCUCUGACCUCAAACCCUUCUCAUCUGAAAGAGUUGGACUUGAGCUACAAUCAUCCAGGAGACUCGGGAGUGAAGCUGCUGUCGGCUGGACUGAGGGAUCCACACUGUAGACUGGAAGCUCUCAGGGCGGAGCCUACUGGAGGCCAAUUCUUGACACCAGGUCUGAGGAAGUAUUCCUGUCAACUUGCCAUCGACACAAACACAGUGAGCAAAGAGCUCCAACUGUYUGAAGACAACAGGAAGGUGGCACAUGUGAAGGAGCUUCAGUCAUAUCCUGAUCAUCCAGACAGAUUUGAUUAUCAUCCUCAGCUGCUGUGUAGAACUGGUCUGACUGGUCGCUGUUACUGGGAGGUCGAGUGGAGAGGAAGAGUUGAGCUAUCAGUGAGUUACAGAAGAAUCAGGAGGAAAGAAAACAGUGAAGACUGUUUGUUUGGAUUGAAUGAUCAUUCCUGGAGUUUCAUCUGCUCUGAUGAGUUUGGUUUCUUUGUCAGGCACUGCAACAUAGAAACUCGUCUCUCCUCCUCUGUUUCUAACAGAGUAGCAGUGUAUGUUGACGUUCCUGCUGGCAUUCUGUCCUUCUACACAGUCUCCUCUGACUCACUGAUCCACCUCCACACCUUCAACACCACAUUCACUGAACCUCUGCUUCCUGGUUUUGGGUUCUGGUGGACCAGUUCUGGUUCUUCAAUGUUACUGUGCUGAGUUGAUUCUAAUGAUUCUCCUGUUAGAGAAACUCUCACUAUUGAACAGAUAUGUCAGUCUCUUCAUGUCUCUCUUUCACUCAAAAACACAUUUUCAGAUUCAUGGAUUAAAUCUGUUCCUUUGUGAAACUCUUCUAAAAUAAUUCCUUGGAAACUUUUCCCCCCUCAAAUCUUUCAAAGAUUGAAGCUUGGAUUAUUCUAGGAUUAUUCCAAGAUCCACGUCAUUGUCGUGAUUUGAGUUUUCCCGUUUGUUUAUUUUAGGGUUUUGUGUCUUUUGAGUCUCCAUGUUGUCCUGUCUACCCCUUGAUUGUUCCCAGGUGUCUCUCGUUCCCUGAUUACCGUCUGUGUAUUUAAUGUCACCUGUGUUUCUGUGUCUUUGUCGGGUCAAGUCUGGUGGUCUUGUUUAGUCUUUCAGGUGCUACCAGAAGAGCGCUUUAUCCUUCUGCUCAUCUCUGUGCUGCCUGAAAUUGUGGACUUUGUAUUCAUCAUUUUUCUUCACUUCAAAAUAACUGCUCUUCAUGACAGUCAUGUUUUUCAGUUUGUUUCAAGUCAAAGCUUCACAGUGAAUAUUGGAAUGUUUUUCUUUCUUUUUCCCCUUUUUCAUUCAUCAGUCAGAUUUUAUUGAAAUGUUGGACAGUUUUUCUCAAUCGCUGGAUAUUUUAUGUUUAUAUUUUCUAAACAUGUCAGAUUAAAAUGUUAAAUGCUCCUUUUUCUAAAAAUUACAUAAACUA